CCCAGGAUUCAGGAGGAGAACCGGGAGGUGGGCUCUAUCGGGGGGCACGUCUACUAUGAAUACUUUAAAGCCGGCGCCGGACCCAUACUGUUCACGAUUACCCUGUUCUCGACAUUGAUAUCUCACAGUAUAUUACAUUACUCCGAUAUAUGGCUAACUAAAUGGACUGAUAAAAAUCAAAUAGCUAGUGCAAUUGACCAUGACACACAAAAUUAUUACGUCUACAUCUAUUCGGGACUCAUUGGGGCCCUGUUUGUGACGGCGCUAAUGCGGUCGACCACGUGGUUCAUGAUGUGUAUGCGGGCGUCCGUUAAUCUACACAACAGUAUAUUCUCGCGUCUAUUACGGGCGCCGAUAGCCGUGUUUGACAACAAC